CCCUCCUCCUCGAUUCAUUCCUUCAUUGAUUUGAUUGAUUGUUUGUGUGUUUGAUUGUUUGAUUGUGUGUUUGUUUGAUUGAUUGGUUGAGCUGUCUCGGCGAUGGCGUAACUCAUCCCCCCCGUGAUAUUAUUCCUCCGUGUGCUAUGUGCUAUUGUAUCCCCCCCGUGAUAUUAUUCCUCCGUGUGCUAUGUGCUAUUGUAUCCCCCCCUCGUAGAAAAAAUAGCAACUGCGCCGUGCGCAAUUCGGUAAUUCUAGGUCGGUGAGCGAGCUAUGGGGUGAUUGAUAAUCCUAACCCCGCUGCAGAGUAUACGAGUUUUUUUAUUUUUAAUUCUUUGGCUGUAAACGGAGAAUGGAUGCAUGGCGGGGAUUUGGAGCUGAAGCGGGAGCGAUGGCUACGCAUGCAUGAAUUUGCAGAUAGGAAUUGGGAUUGGCGAAGAAGAAGUGCAGAGUCUCUGAGAAGAGAGCUGAUUUAUUGCUGAGGAAUUUUGGAACGCGAGAGCGGGUUUGUUGUUGUUGUGGAAAGAUGGCUGAGGCGCAGGUGGGAGACACGAGUGCGUUGCCGCCUGUGCUGGCGAUUCUACCAUUCCGUAAUAAGGUUCUGCUGCCUGGUGCUAUCGUGAAAAUUCGAGUCAACGUGCCUGCCAGUGUCAGGUUGAUUGAACAAGAGCUAUGGCAGAAAGAGAAUAAAGGGAGGUUUAUUGGCGUCUUGCCGCUUCACGAUCGUCUUGAGCAACCUAAAUCGUCAGGCAGUUCUAUUUCAACGACUCCUUCCCCUCAAGGUACAGUGAUUAAGGCUCCUGGUGAAAAGGAAAGAGGAGAAAUAAUCUUAUCGUUGCACAGUAACAAGAACGGGGACGAUCUCAUCCAGUGGCAUCCCAGGGGAGUUGCAGCAAGGGCACUCGAGUUGGAACAAAAGAUAGAGAAGUACACUGGCCGUGUGUCAUAUAUAGUAAUGCUUGAAGGAUGGUGCCGAUUUGGGGUACAAGAGUUGAUUUCCACUAGUUCGUAUAAAUCUGCACGUAUCACUCAACUUGAUCGAAACGAGGCUGAAAUAGAACAGGCUGAGAAAGAUCCUGAGGUGCAAGUUUUGUCACGCCAGUUUAAAGCUGUUGCUGGAGAGCUAAUAUCCCUUCUUGAGCAGAAACAGAAAUCAUUCGGGCGCACAAAGGUUAUCUUAGAGUCGUGGCCAGCGUAUCGGCUGGCUGAUGUUUUUGUAGCCAAUUUUGAAGUUAGUUUUGAGGAGCGGCUCUUUAUGCUAGAUGCUGUUGACCUUCGACAGCGGUUGUCUAAAGCCACGGAAAUUGUCACACGCCACCUACAGACUAUCAAAGUAGCAGAAAAAAUAUCCUCAAAGGUGGAUGGACAGCUGUCGAAAACUCAGAAGGAAAUCUUACGCCACCAGAUCAGGGCCAUCAAGGAGGAGUUAGGAGAGAAUGAUGACGACGAGGAUGAUGUGGUUGCACUGGAAAGAAAAAUGCAGAGUGUUGGCAUGCCUCCAAAUGUGUGGAAACAUGCUCAAAGAGAGCUCAGACGGUUGCGAAAAAUGCAGCCACAACAGCCAGGAUAUGGCAGCUCCCGUACGUACUUGGAACUACUAGCUGAGCUGCCGUGGCAGGUUGCCAGUGAGGAGCGCGAAAUUGAUCUUGUGGCUGCUCAAGAACAACUUGAUAGCGAGCACUACGGCCUCAGCAAGGUGAAGAAGCGGAUUAUCGAGUAUCUGGCCGUGCGCAAGCUCAAGCCAGAUGCUAGAGGGCCUGUGCUUUGCUUCGUAGGGCCUCCAGGCGUUGGGAAGACAUCGUUGGCUUCGUCAAUUGCAGGGGCACUGGGCAGGAAAUUCAUUCGGUUGUCACUUGGAGGAGUCAAAGACGAAGCUGACAUUCGAGGUCAUCGCAGGACAUACAUUGGAAGUAUGCCCGGGCGACUUAUUGAUGGCAUUAAAAGAGUUGGGGUGAACAAUCCAGUUAUGUUGCUGGAUGAGAUUGACAAAACAGGUUCCGAUGUACGAGGGGACCCGGCCUCUGCGCUUCUUGAAGUUCUUGAUCCUGAACAAAACAAGACCUUCAAUGACCAUUACUUGAACGUACCAUUUGAUGUUUCCAAGGUAGUAUUUGUGGCCACAGCCAAUAGGGUGCAGACGAUGCCAGCACCGCUAUUGGAUCGCAUGGAAGUCAUUGAACUGCCUGGCUAUACUUCGGAGGAGAAGUUGCGUAUUGCCAUGCGGCACCUUAUACCCCGUGUUCUUGAUCAACAUGGUAUUACUGACCAGCAUGUUCAAAUAUCAGAGUCGAUGGUGGAGCUUAUGAUUUCAAGAUACACUAGAGAGGCCGGGGUGCGCAAUUUAGAACGACAUAUAGCAGCCUUAGCUAGGGCAGCGGCUGUGAAACUGACAGAGAAACUCCAAGUCGAGCGAGUGGCUCGUGAUAUGCAACCUGAUGCUCCUCAAGUCAUUGAUCAAGGGCAAGGACCUGGAGGAAUUGCCGAUUCAGGAGAAGUGGAACUGGUUGUAGAGGUUGAUGGCCAUGCGCGUGAAGUUGCGCAUGCUUCUGUUCACGCAGAACCUCUUCUAGUCGAUGAGGCAGUACUGGAAGUAGUAUUAGGGCCUCCAAAAUUCGAUGGAAAGGAAGCAGCUGAAAGAGUAGCCAUUCCAGGGGUGGCUGUAGGAUUAGUGUGGACAGCCGUUGGUGGUGAAGUUCAAUUUGUAGAAGCCACCGCGAUGCUUGGAAAGGGAGAACUGCAUCUAACAGGGCAAUUAGGAGAUGUAAUCAAAGAAUCAGCCCAGAUUGCUCUGACAUGGGUGCGAGCCAGAGCAGCAGAGCUGAAGUUGCCAGAAGCAGAGGCGGGAAACCUGAUGAAGGAUAGAGAUGUUCACAUUCACUUUCCUGCAGGUGCAGUGCCGAAGGAUGGUCCGUCAGCGGGCGUAACUUUAGUGACUGCCUUGGUGUCCUUGUUCGGCAAGAAAUGUGUACGAGCAGACACUGCGAUGACCGGAGAAAUGACUCUUAGAGGUCUCGUGCUUCCAGUUGGCGGUGUCAAAGAUAAGAUAUUAGCUGCUCAUCGUUGUGGACUGAAGAGAGUCAUAUUACCCGAUCGUAACCGAAAAGACCUGCAGGAAGUUCCUCCAGCUAUUCUUGCAAACAUGGAGAUCCUUCUAGCGAAACGUAUGGAGGAUGUUUUGCAUCACGCGUUUGAAACAGGGUGCCCAUUGAAGCCUGCAUCUCGCUUGUAGCUUCUGUAGUGUCCUGGCAAGGUCCCCUGCAUUUUGGGUGAACUUGAAAGUUUAUCAAGAUGUUGGAAUACUUGAAAUUGACCUACUGCGUAUGUUGAAUUAGAGUGAUUACCAGUGCACCAAAAUUGUGCAUGAUUGUGCAGCAUGAGUUGCUAUAUAUGUUGGACAUUGUAUAGAAAAAGCCAUGGGGAGGCUGUCUCAACUGGAGAUUAUGAAAAUUGGCGUAGAUUCACUUACUGUAGGGUAAUCAGUCGUAGCGUAACAGUAGCUAGAAUUUGGGACUGCAGUGGGUCAUUGAGUGCAUUAUAUUUUGAUUUUCCAGUACUUUCAAUUGCAAGCAUUUUACUCUUGUCAUGAUUACUGCUUA